AGACGCUUGACAGAAAAGGGUUAGCUUGGCCGGAUAGCGUAGUGAUCGAGUCGGGCGCCAACCGAAUGCGAAGUUCGUUAUGAAAUUAGUUUGUCGUAAAAAUAAAUAAAUAAAUAAAUCGACUCGCUCUUGGGGCGACGGUGACAUCAACAGACGGCAAGAAAAGGUUGAGGAGGUUUUUACAUCAGUCAACUGUGAUGACCAGAAAACAGCGGAAGUAACUUGGCUUGGUUGGCGAGUAUAUCUGGAUGCCCAAGCUAGCAGUCAUGGAGUUGGGCAGGCAACUGUGUGGGAAGAUGAAGAAGCAGAAGAAGGCUGAGCUGGUUGUCCCUGCUGUCAUGAAAGGCCUGGAGGUUCACUUUUACCUGCCCGACACCCACCAGCUAGAGUACUUUAAAGACAGCCACACUGCUGAGGACUUGUGCAUAGAGGCUGCCAAGAGAUGCUGUAUUUCACCCCUGUGCCACAAUCUCUUUGCACUAUACGAAGAAAGUCAGAACCUCUGGUAUGCACCCAAUCACACAUUCAAGGUCACUGAAGACACAAGCCUGAAGCUCCACUACCGCAUGAGGUUCUACUUUGCAAACUGGCAUGGCACUGCGGAAAAUGAGAGUCCUGUGUGGCGGCAUUCGUUGAGCAAACAGAAAGGGGGUUUAGACUCCCAGAAGGGCCUAGAGGGCACACCCCUGCUUGAUGCCGCCUCGCUGGGCUACCUCUUUGCUCAGGGCCAGUACGACUUCCUGAGGGGGCUGGCCCCUGUGCGCAACCCCCAGAGCGAGGCCGAACUUCACGAGAUUGAGAACGAGUGCCUGGGCAUGGCUGUCCUGGCCAUCACUCACCAUGCCAAGAGCAACAACCUGCCACUGGCAGGGGCGGGCACGGAAACCAGCUAUAAGCGCUUCAUCCCAGAGAGCCUCAACCGCACCAUCAAGCAGCGCAACUUCCUGACGCGCAUGCGCAUCAGCAACGUCUUCAAGAACUUCCUCAACGAGUUCAACAACAAGACCAUCAAGGACAGCAACAUCACCCUGUACGAUCUGAAGGUGAAGUACCUCUCCACGCUGGAGACACUGACAUGGGGCCUGGGUCAGGAGAUCGUGGAGACCAAAAGCCUGCACUUGUCCGGCGAGGGCGAGGUUUUGCCCGGCCACGCCCCUGGCACCGCAGAGGAGGGCAUGGCCUACGAGGUGCAAGUGUCUGGCACCACAGGGAUCUCAUGGAGGAAGAAGCCUCAGCUGAAUGUCCUGAAUGUCAAAGACAAAAGUAAAUCACGGAAGAGCAAGGUGGACAGCAAACAGAAGAACGAAAAAAAGAAGGAGUCUGGAAAUGGAUGGAUUCCCUUUUCAGACUUUUAUGAAAUCACCCACAUCGUCACAAAAGAGUCUUGCGUUACCAUUUACAAACAGGACAACAAGACCAUGGAGCUGCAGCUGGCCUAUCGAGGAGAGGCUCUGUCCUUCGCUGCCCUUGUGGACGGAUACUUCCGACUGACCGUGGACGCGCACCAUUACCUCUGCACGGAGGUUGCGCCCCCCUCUGUAGAGCAGAACUUGCAGAACGGCUGCCACGGACCCAUCUGCACAGAGUACGCCAUUCACAAGCUGCGGCAAGAGGGCAACGAAGAGGGGUCCUAUGUCCUCCGCUGGAGCUGUACAGACUACAACUAUAUCAUCAUGACUGUUGUCUGCAUGGAGGUGGACCUGUCUCUGUCCAAGUCCAUUCCCCAGUACAAGAACUUCCAGAUCGAAGUGAGCUCCCAGGGCUUCCGGCUUUCCGGUACCGAGACCUUCCGGCCGAGCGUGAAGGAGCUGCUGGAACACCUGCAGGGCCAGAGCCUCCGCACGGAGAACCUGCGCUUCCAGCUCCGCCGCUGCUGCCCACCCCAGCCGCGAGAAAUUUCCAACCUAUUGGUGAUGACCACAGACAGAGAGCCUGCUCCACAGAGACAAUUCCAAGUCAGCCAGCUGAGUUUCCACCGCAUCCUUAAAGAGGAAAUUGUCCAGGGCGAGCACUUGGGUCUUGGCACCAGGACCAAUAUCUACGCUGGUGUGCUAAAGAUGAAGAGCGAGGAUGAGGACGAUUUAGCGAGUUACUGCACUUCACAGGAGGUGAAGGUGGUAUUGAAAGUGCUGAGCCCUGGACACAGGGACAUAUCUCUGGCCUUCUUUGAGACAGCCAGUAUGAUGCGACAGGUCUCUCACAGACACAUUGCCCUACUGUAUGGAGUCUGUGUGCGUCACCAGGAGAAUAUCAUGGUGGAGGAGUUUGUGCAGUUCGGUCCUCUGGAUCUGUUCAUGCGCAGGCAGAUUGCUCCUCUCAGCACUUCGUGGAAGUUUCAGGUGGCCAAACAGCUGGCAAGCGCCCUUAGUUACCUGGAGGAUAAGAAGCUCGUGCAUGGUUACGUCUGCGCAAAGAACAUCCUUUUGGCUCGGGACGGGCUGGAGUGUGAGGGCAGCCCCUUCAUCAAGCUCAGUGACCCUGGCAUCCCCAUCACGGUCCUCAGCAGGGAGGAGUGUGUGGACCGCAUUCCAUGGAUUGCUCCUGAGUGCGUGCAGGACACGAAUAACCUGAGCGUAGCGGCCGAUAAGUGGAGCUUUGGCACAACACUGUGGGAGAUAUGCUACAAUGGAGAGAUACCUCUCAAAGACAAGAAACUCACCGAGAAGGAGAGGUUUUAUGUGGCCCAGUGUCAGUUAGCCACUCCGGACUGUGAGGAGCUAGCCAAGCUCAUGACCCACUGCAUGACCUAUGACCCUCACCAGAGACCUUUCUUCAGGGCCAUCGUCCGAGACAUUGACAUGGUUGAAAAACAGAAUCCGUCUAUUAAGCCAGUGCCAACUCUAGAGGUGGAUCCCACAGUUUUUGAGAAGAGAUUUCUCAAGAAGAUCAGAGACCUCGGAGAGGGCCAUUUCGGAAAGGUGGAGCUGUGUCGGUAUGACCCACGGGGGGAUCGCACGGGGGAGCUAGUGGCGGUGAAGUCCCUGAAACCAGAGAACCGAGAGGAGCAGAGCAGUAACCUGUGGUGUGAAAUCGACAUUCUGAGAGAGCUCUACCAUGAGAACAUUGUCAAGUACAAGGGCAUCUGCCAGGAGGAGGGUGGCAGUUCCAUCAAGCUCAUAAUGGAGUAUUUGCCAGCAGGCAGUCUGAAGGAGUACCUGCCUAGAAACAAGUCCCAGAUAGACCUGAAGACGCUACUCAGCUACGCUGUACAGAUCUGCCAGGGUAUGGAUUACUUGGGCUCUCGGAAUUACAUCCACCGGGACCUUGCGGCCCGGAACGUUUUGGUGGAGAACGAGAGCACGGUGAAGAUCGGAGAUUUUGGCCUGACAAAGAGCAUUAAAGAGAAUGAGGGCUACUACACAGUGAAGGACGACCUGGACAGCCCUGUUUUCUGGUAUGCUCCGGAAUGCUUGAUCCACUGUAAGUUCUACAGGGCGUCAGACGUCUGGUCCUUUGGAGUUACCAUGUAUGAGCUGCUGACAUACUGCGACGGCUCCUGCGGCCCCAUGUUGGUGUUCCUCAAGAUGACUGGCCCGACCCACGGGCAGAUGACGGUCACCCGAUUAGUCCGAGUCCUGGAGGAGGGGAAGAGGUUGCCUAGGCCGGAGAUUUGCCCAGAGAGGGUGUACACUUUGAUGAGGAGGUGUUGGGAGAGCACACCUGACAAAAGGAUAGACUUCAAAGGCCUGAUUGCCGGCUUUCAGCAGAUGCUCGCCGAUGGCCUGUAACCAUGGAAAUGAGCUGCGCUACAGACUUCACCUGCCUUACAAGAGUUUGCUACGAAUGACCUUUUUACACAAGAAAGAGGAGGAAAGAAGAAUGUAACGAGAACCUUUUUCCACGGCUGGUUUCAGCAGAAACGGUCCCACACUGGUUUCUUGUGUCCUUGUAUUCACACAUUGUAUUUCGUAUAACCUCCACAUAGUGAGCCUCCAGUCGCAGUUCCCAGCAGUUAAUCAUCAACAGACCUGUGGGAGGCAGCAGAGAGCCCAGUCCGCCUCGAGUUAUGCAGAUAUCUGCCAUUCAUUUAUAAAUCUGUUUUUCCUGAUAAACCUGAAAAUACUUGCUGUGCAAAAUCACAAAAAAAAAUGUAUCGACUGCUUGCAAUGUGCUAAACGCCAUCAGAACUUUUUAAUGUACUUUUUACAGACACGUUUUAGCACCGCAGGGGCAAUGGAUACUUAGGACGACGCCGUCCCGCGGGUGCCCGCCUCCAGUAAUGGUGCGGAUUUUCCUGCUUCAACACACCUGACUUGGUCAUUAACCGCUGAGUCAAAUCAGGUGUCUUUAAGCAGGGUAGGAACCUUCCCUUGCGAGUGAGCAGGUCCACCAAUGUAAGUUUGGGUAAUUGGCCAUUUGUUUCAGCUGCGAUGCACUAGAGCACAUCGUUAGCUGGAAGCAAGACUGCCACGGACCUGACAGUGCGAGAAUGUCCCGCUGUGAGUUGCAGCCUGGGCCAGUCGCUCCAGGGGAGAGAGCGACUCGCCCGCGAAGCCACGACGUUUUACGGCUCUGGCCAUUUGCGUGUAUACGAGUGGACAGCAUCUGCGUGGUGCCACCACUGGGUCAGGGCAUGGGGAGGAGCGGUGCACGCGUGAGCACCAACUGCCUGCGCUUGGCCAGGGCCUCCUCCUCCAUCACAGUGGAACAGUGUGGAAAAUGACGGCCAUCCUGGAUGCGUAUGGGGUGGUGGGUGCUCCUACCAUUGCUCUGUCACUUCACGUUAUUCCUGGGGCACCAUUCCCAACGGCCACGAUGGACUGAAACAUACCCGCCUCCAUGUACUGUGAGAGACGUUACAUGCCUACAGUAGGCACUAGAGGACAGUAGAGAUUGCGAAAUAUAUCUACAAUUCUAAUAUCUACAAAUAUAUCUUGUAUUCUUGCUCAAAUCUUACAUAAACUGAAAUACCCUUGCGAAUCUA